CUUUUUUUCGUCUUUAUUUGUGUCAACCAUUGAACUUGGAGUUGCCAUUUCCAGUUCUUAUAUUUUCAUCGACAUCAUGUCAUCUGAAUCAGAAGAGCAGCAGCUGAGCAAGAAAGCCGCCAAAAAAGAAGCUGCCAAACAGGAGAAAUUACGCCGCCGCCAGGAAGCUGCUGCCUUGGCCUCAGCGGCUUCUUCUCUUUCCGUCGAGGAGGAUGAUCCCUAUUCCUCCAACUAUGGCGACGUCUCUCUCCCGGAGCUCAAAUCUUGCUCCCAAACAGAUGCUGGCCAAUGGAGCCUAGCCAUUUCCUCCAUGGAAUGGACACCUGUUGGAGCUCUUACCCAGGAUUUGAAGGAGAAAGAGGUGCUUAUAAGGGGACGAGUCCACAUAACACGACCAGUGUCGAAGAAUAUGUCAUUCGUGGUGGUGAGGGAAAAGGGAUUUACCGUCCAGUGCUUGGUCACUACGCAAGGAGAGGGAGUUAGUAGUCAGAUGGUGAAGUUUGUAGCUGGACUCAACCGAGAAUCCAUCAUUGAUGCAAUCGGUGUAGUAUCUGUCCCUGGGAAUCCGAUCAAGGGAACCACCCAGCAGGUCGAGAUUCAUCUCAGAAAAUUGUAUUGUGUGAACAAAGCUUUGCCCACCUUACCCAUUAACGUUGACGAUGCUGCUCGAAGUGAUGCUGAGAUUGAAGCUGCCUUGCUAAGUGGGGAUAAACUUCCUCGUGUCAAUCAAGAUACACGUUUGAACUUCAGAGUUCUUGAUAUUCGAACCCCUUCUAAUCAAGGGAUUUUCCGCAUCCAAUGCCAAGUUGGAACCAUAUUUAGGCAAUUCUUGUUGUCUGAGGGUUUUGUUGAAAUCCACACCCCUAAACUGAUAGCAGGCUCGAGUGAAGGUGGUUCUGCUGUUUUUAAGCUUGACUACAAAGGGCAACCUGCAUGUCUGGCACAGUCUCCUCAACUUCACAAGCAGAUGGCAAUCUGUGGGGAUUUUGGAAGGGUUUUUGAGAUUGGCCCAGUUUUCAGAGCUGAGGACUCAUACACUCAUAGGCAUUUGUGUGAAUUUACAGGCCUUGAUGUUGAAAUGGAGAUUAAGAAGCAUUACUCUGAGGUGAUGGACAUUGUGGACAGAUUGUUUGUUACUAUGUUUGAUGGUAUGAAUGAGAGGUGUCAAAAGGAACUUGAAGCCAUAGGGAGGCAGUAUCCCUUUGAACCUUUGAAGUACAAGCCAAAAACGCUGCGUCUUACAUUUGAAGAAGGAGUCCAAAUGCUGAAGGAUGCUGGUGUGGAAGUUGACCCUCUUGGGGACCUUAAUACAGAAGCAGAAAGAAAACUGGGCCAGCUAGUUUUGGAGAAGUAUGACACUGAAUUUUAUAUUCUGCAUCGCUAUCCUUUGGCUGUGAGGCCAUUCUACACCAUGCCUUGUUAUGAUAAUGCCCUUUAUAGUAAUUCAUUUGAUGUCUUCAUUCGAGGUGAGGAGAUAAUUUCAGGAGCCCAGCGUGUCCACGUACCAGAAUUUUUGGCAGAACGUGCUCAGGCAUGUGGAAUUGAUGUCAAUACAAUCUCAACCUAUAUUGAUUCUUUCAGAUAUGGUGUUCCUCCACAUGGUGGGUUUGGAGUGGGAUUGGAGCGGGUGGUGAUGCUUUUCUGCGCUCUGGGUAAUAUUCGUAAAACUUCACUUUUCCCUCGUGACCCUCAAAGGAUUGCUCCGUGAUGACAUCAUUGACAUGUUAGAGCAGUGCUUCAUCUCAAGCUAUUUCGGGGUUAUUUUAUUUGAAGUUUGAUAAGGUGUUGAAUGGAUAGAGAAUCGAAGGAAUCUUACUACUGUUAUGUAUUUGGAAGUUGGAUCGUUUUUGCUAGCACAAUUUUCACUUUGUUCACUUGA